CCAUAGAGACUCGGAACUUUUACGUAGAAUCAGGAAGUGAGUUGCGGACAACGGUUAGGCAGUAUCUGGUGCAGCGUCGAAUCGAGGUAGAAAAUAAAUAGUGGGGGGUGGGAACGAGAAGUGAACGAAGAAGAUGGCGUCAUUCAUUACCGUGCAACUAAAGAAAACAUCGGAGGUAGACUUGGCAAAGCCUCUCUGCAAGUUCAUCCAGCAGACCUACCCGGGUGGAGAAUCUCAGGCCGAACAUUGCCGAGCCGCCGAAGAACUCAGUAAGCUGCGCAAGAUCGCGCUCGGGCGCUCGCUCGACAAGCACGAGAGCUCGCUGGAGACCCUCCUUAGAUACUAUGAUCAACUGUGUUCCAUAGAACCAAAAUUUCCAUUUUCUGAAAACCAGAUCUGUGUAACUUUUACCUGGAAAGAUGCCUUUGACAAGGGGUCACUGUUUGGAGGAUCUGUUAAACUUGCUCUGGCAAGUUUAGGCUAUGAGAAAACAUGUGUGUUAUUUAAUUGUGGAGCAUUGGCCAGUCAAAUAGCAUCAGAACAGAAUCUUGAUAGUGAUGAAGGGAUGAAAGCUGCCGCUAAAUAUUAUCAGUUUGCUAGUGGUGCUUUCCAGCAUAUUAAAGAUACCGUCCUCUCUUCAUUAAAUCGAGAACCUACAGUCGAUAUUUCUCCAGAUACAAUUGGCACACUAAGUCUUAUCAUGCUGGCUCAAGGUCAAGAAGUUUUUUUCCUGAAAGCUACCAGAGAUAAAAUGAAAGAUGCAAUCAUAGCUAAACUUGCAAAUCAAGCUGCUGAUUACUAUGGUGAUGCAUUCAAACAGUGCCAGUACAAGGAUACCUUACCCAAGUAUUUUUAUUUCCAGGAGGUGUUCCCUCUUCUGGCUGCAAAACACUGCAUAAUGCAAGCCCAUGCAGAGUACCAUCAGUCUGUACUGGCAAAGCAACAGAAGAAAUUUGGUGAAGAAAUUGCAAGAUUGCAACAUGCUGCUGAUCUUGUAAAAACAGUGACAUCUCGUUAUGAUGAAUAUAUAAAUGUUAAAGACUUGUCUGACAAAAUCAACCGUGCACUUACUGCUGCAAAAAAGGAUAAUGACUUCAUCUAUCAUGAUAGAGUCCCUGAUCUUAAAGAUCUUGAGCCAAUAGGAAAAGUCAGUCUUGUGAAAGCAACUCCCGUUACUCUCCCUCUGAGUCAGAAAUUUACAGAUUUGUUUGAGAAGAUGGUUCCUAUGGCAGUACAGCAAGCUCUUGCUGUCUACAACCAAAGAAAGGCAGACUUGGUUAAUAGAUCAAUAGGCCAGAUGAGAGAGGCCACCAAUUUGGCAAAUGGAGUGCUAGCAUCCCUUAAUCUUCCUGCUGCUAUUGAAGAUGUUUCUGGAGAUAGUAUUCCUCAAUCCAUUCUACAGAAGUCUAAGUCAGUGAUUGAACAGGGAGGCGUUGAAGCAAUAGAUCAGUUGAUGAAAGAUCUUCCUGAAUUGUUGCAGAGAAAUAGAGAGAUUCUGGAUGAGUCACUAAGGAUAUUGGAUGAAGAAGAAGCAACAGACAAUGAGUUGAAAAACAAAUUCAAGGAACGCUGGCAAAGAACACCAUCAAAUGAUUUAUAUAAGUCUUUGAGGGCAGAAGGAACCAAUUUCCGUAAUGUACUGGAUAAAGCAGUACAAGCUGACAAACAGGUUAAGGAACGGUACCAAUCUCAUCGAGAUACAAUUUCAUUGUUAUGUAAAUCAGAACAAGAACUUAAUGCAGCUAUUCCAUCAGCAAAUCCAGCAAAAACAAUACAAGGGAGUGAGGUAGUUAACAUCCUAAAAUCGUUGCUAGCUAGUCUGGAUGAAGUAAAAAAGCAGAGAGAACAACUCGAGAAUGCUCUCAAGUCGGUAAACUUUGACAUGACAUCUAAAUUUCUAACAGCACUAGGACAGGAUGGUGCUUUAAAUGAAGAAGCCAUUUCUGUCACAGAAUUGGAUAAUCUUUAUGGUGGUCUUACUCAUAAAGUACAGGAGACCCUGAAAAAACAGGAGGAGUUGCUCAAUACAAUUCAGAAUUCUCAUCAGGAAUUUUCUAAGAUGAAGCAGUCAAAUAAUGAAUCCAAUUUAAGGGAAGAAGUUCUGAAGAAUUUAGCUAUAGCUAAUGACAACUUUGUGGAACUUACAGCCAACUUAAAAGAAGGCACAAAGUUCUAUAAUGAAUUGACUGAAAUCCUUUUGAAAUUCCAAAACAAAUGCAGUGACAUUGUGUUUGCCCGCAAAACAGAAAGAGAUGAACUUCUGAAAGAUUUGCAACAGACUAUUGCCAGGGAACCCAGUGCUCCUUCUUUUCCUUCUGUGCCUGCAUAUCAAACUGUUCCCUCUGGGGGAAACAAGCCCUCUGCAUCCUCUAUUCCAACUCCAGCUCCCCGAACAAAUGUGUUUAGUAAACCACAGCCACCAGCACGUCCUCCUCCACCAGCAAUUUCUACAGCAUCUGCAGUCACUACUCCUGGUUCAACAACUACUGGGAUAUCACCUGCUCCUGUGGGUUCUGCAGCUAAUGUAACACCUUCACAAGCCCAGGGGCCACCUUAUCCAACCUAUCCAGGAUAUCCUGGAUAUUGCCAGAUGCCUUUGCCAUUGACCUAUAAUCCUUAUAUGUAUGGUCAAUACAAUCUUCCAUAUGCACCAUCACCUGGGUACCAAAAUCCUGGACAAGCUUCUUAUCCAGGACCACAGCAACCUGGAUACCCUUAUCCACAACAGCCAUAUUAUCCACAGCAAUAACAUAUCACAAAAGAAACAUUGCUUGUUAUAACUAAGAGUAAUUUGCAAUAAUCAUACUAAACUUCUAGUUCAGCUAAUGUACCUCACUGUAUUGGAAUGGUUGAUAACUUCCUUUCCUAUUAAUGCUCCAAUACACACACACACACACACACACACACACACACACACACACACACACAUUUUCAAUUGAAUUUUGGCUAUAUCACACUUAUUGAGAAAGUGGCAAGCUACUACAACAUUAAAUUAACAGAAUUAGAUUUUAGUAAAAUUCAAUUUAUGUACUAAUUAACCUACACCAAAUAUUUCCCUCCUAUAAAUAAAUACUAAAUAAUUGAUCUAAAACAAAAUGGCACAAGCCAUUAUAUAGUCUGAUAUAAACUAUAAGAGUAAAUAGAAUUUCUAUAUUAUAUUGGUUUGUUUUUAGUUACCAAUACGUUUUCUUUAAAGCAUUGUAAAUUGUAAGUGGAAAAUAAACUGCAUAAGAUAGUUUGAAAAUUAUACUUAGAUAUUUUAUAUUUCGCUAUAACUAAUGUAUGUUUUUGAAGCUAGAGCACCUUCUUUGACACUGCUUUUGAAGCUGAGAUUUCAGCAAACCAAUCAUAGUUUCUUAUAUUAAGUUCCUAUAAUAUACAAACAAUCUCAAAAAUCAAUAUGUUAUUCCAGAAUACAAUAAAAUAAAUCAGCAUAUUUUUAUUGAAUCAUUCAAAACCUAGCUUGUAAGGUAUUCAUUGGGAAUGUACAUUUGACAUUUUGAUAUUUUACUUCUGGCUUACCUAAUUGUGUUGUUUUUUGAAAUGCUAAAAGUUCAGUUGUCCCCUGCAACUUGCCUUUAUCCUACCUCAUUACAUGUGCCUCUGUAUAUACAAAGAUGAUCCUGCGCAACCUACUUUUCUUGGGAUGUCUAAAGAAAGCUUAAGCUACAAACAUGGAUAAAUAAAAUAAUUACAUUUAUUUAACCAAUUUACUCCGUAUUGAAAGUUUUGAAAAGAACAAGAACCUCAUGCUGCAAUUAAAAUAAUAUUCUACUAGA